ACCAGCCGCUGGGUGAUGAAUCUUGACUGGUAAGGCCCUCGCCGAUUCUCCUGCACCGCCCAUGUGCAGCCCUGCUCAUGCGACCGGCUCAAGAGCAGCGAGCAGGGACAGCAUUUUGUGCUUCCGCCCUUGCCGCUGCGCGGUGCCAGGCGACACUGGUUGAGGCCGACCCCUCUGGAGAGAAUGCCCCUGUGGCGCGCCGCGCGCCAGCCCGCGGCCCUCCUGAGGGCGCCGCGCUCCGGCGCCGCGGCCGCGGCCGCCGCCGGCAGACGGAGGCACAUCGCGGGCCCGGAGCUCGUGCCCCAUGCGGAGCUGUGGGGCGCCCCGGUGCCCGACGGUCCCGGCAGUGCCAACCUCGACUGGGCCUCUCUGGGCUUCGACUACGUGCCGACGAAUGGCCACGUCCGCUACGUGUGGAAGGACGGCCAAUGGGACUCGGGCCGGUCCCUCCGCGAUCCGUACAUCCCCGUCCACAUCCUCGGCAACGUGUUCCACUACGGCCAGGCCCUCUUUGAGGGCUUCAAGGUCUUUCACACGCGCAACGGCACCGUAUGCGCUUUCGCGGACAACAUGAACCACGAGCGCAUGGGCCACGGGUGCAGGCGGUUCAGGAUACCAGAAGUGCCUUGGAGUCUUUGGAAGAAAGCGGUGGACGACGUGAUCAGAGCCAACGUGGCCUUCGUACCCCCGUAUGGAUCGGGCGGCGCGCUGUACGUGCGGCCGUUCAUUUUCGGCAGCGGCCCCAGGCUGGGUCUGGGCCCUUCCCCAGAGUACACCUUCGUGGUCUUCGUCAAUCCGGUGGGCAGCUACUACAAGACGGGGCAGCUGGAGGCGCUCGACGCGCUGGUGAACACCGAGUACGACCGCGCGGCGCCGCUGGGAUGUGGCGACUGCAAGGCCGCGGGCAACUACGCGGCGGACCUUGAGAGCAUGCACAUGGCGAAGUCGCGGGGUUUCCCCAUCAGUCUGUACCUCGACGCGCGCGAGCAGAGGUACGUCGAGGAGUUUAACACCUCGAACUUCGUCGCCAUCACGAAGGACGGCAAGUACAUCACGCCCCAGGCGCCACGGAGCGUGCUCCCCAGCAACACCAACAGAGUCCUCAGGCAGCUCGCCGCCGACCUCGGAAUAACAGUGGAGCAGCGGCCCAUCGACUUCGAGGCCGAGGUGGACAGCUUCGCCGAGGUCGGCGCCGUGGGCACGGCCGUGGUCGUGACGCCCAUCAGGUCCUUCACCAGGGGCGACCGGAAGUGGACCUUCGGCGAGCCGAAGGUGCUGAAGCAGCUGCUGGACGCGGUGCGGGGCAUCCAGGACGGCGAGGCGGAGGACAGGCACAGCCUCAUGCGGAGGCUGGAUCUCGUGCCAGAGAAGCGCGGCACGAUGCUCAGCAUCUACCCGGGCCUCUGAGAGAUCGCCAGGGGGCCGCUAGAGGAGGAGGAUGCGGGGGAAGUCCUCCCCCUCCUCGUUCUCAUCCUCCUCGUUCUCCUCAUCCUCCCUGGGGUGCGCGGCCCGCGGUGGGGCGCGCAGCCCUCGUUCUAGCUCUCUGCGCGCAAGUGGCCGCAGAUCGAGACCUGUGCGUGGGCCCCAUGCUACCCCGAGCUACACAGGCAGCGGCGGGGGCGUGCUCUGCUCCGCCCUCGUGCGCGCGUGUGCUGUACAGGCAGUUCGCUGCGCGUGACGCCGUUUCGCUGCCAUUUGCGCGGCGGCGGCCCUGACUUUUUUCCUCCAGCCCCAGGAUCGGCCUGGCUAGGAUCGGUGAGGCGGACGGCCUACGUCCCCUGGCCAGGGCAGGGGCGCGGAGACGCCAACACAGCGCGUUUCAAGCAGUUUGUUUUCUCGAGGACUGAGACGCGGAUUGAGACCCAGCCCCAGGUCGACUAGGGGCCCGUCUGUCGCUGGCGGCGGCGGCGGCGCAGCAUCCGGAGGGUGCGGGCAUGCGUAUACAGGGGCAUGGCUGUGGACUGUGUAUUGCGUUUCGGUCUUGUCCUGGCAUCCAGGGCCCUGUGAAGAGGGCCAUCCAGGC